GUCCUCCCUGUAUUUCUAUCCGUCCCUCUUUUUCUCUGCCGUAGCCCGUCAUCGUUCAAGGCCCACGCAUCGCCCACACCUUACCCACGCCAUGCACGUCCGACGGGACUCGUACGGCACUGUCGUCCCCGCCGACGCUGAAAUGCUCGAGCAGCUAGACUUAUCAUUGAAGGGGUUCGCAGACGUAGAGGUGUCCCCCACGUCUGCGACCAUGUCCCUGCCAACUCCCCCAGCCGGCCGUCUACCCUCGUUGGCGAAUGAGGCUCCCAACGUCCCUUUUGCGUUCCCGGACGAUUCUGACAUCGUCGUGCCUGGAGCGCCGCUCGUGAAGGACAUGGACUCAUUCACUGAGGGUACCGCACCGGGGGAUUUCGAAUUUCUCGGUGACGAGCCUGAGGUCCAACUCCCUCUCAACGCCCCUUCGUUAGAUACCCUUCCGCCUCCGAGCGACACCGCGUCCGCGAUUGAGCGAUGGCGGUGGGAUGUCGAUCAAUCCACCCCGGAGGCUGUUGAUGAUGUCUCCAUGUUCGGCCAAGUCGCUGAAAUUGCCCUGCUUCCUCAAGCGUGUUUACCUAUGCCCGAGAUCGUAUCUUUCGAAGCAAUACCAACGACGGCGAAAAGACCGCGACCUCGAUCUCUCUCGUCUGAUGAUGGUGGCGAAGGCGAUGCUGCACCCCGGCGCUGUCGUGUGCGCCCAUCCACUCCACCCUCUGCCUCUCCUCGCGCACGGGCCCAAUCUUGUUCCUCAGCCUCGUCGGGGCUGAGGCGGUGCUCUUUUUUGCGGGUCGACUUAGGACCUCCCCCAGACAUGCUGCAAUUCCCGCGGCCUCCAUCGCGGGCGCUCUCGGCACCUCCCGAUUAGCUUCUGGGACCGUGCGCCGUAAGCAGCGCACCUAUACCGACAAAUCUUGACGCGACCGUUAACGAACGGUCGACCGGUCAUUCGGCAAGCACUAGAAGCAGCCAAGAGCUGCCUAGAAAGAAGCGUCGGCUGGGUUAUGAUUAACCUCGACGUUGAAAUAUCACCGACAGAAACGAACUGCUCUGCGCUGGCCAUCGUAUCAAGCGCUCACUUCGCUGUCGCCCUUUCCGUUUUCCAUUUCCUCCCAUUUCCUAUAUCCUUGUGAUAUCCACCAUUUCCCCAUCAUGAAUACCCCAAUUCCAUGCACACGGCUGCUCCCAUCCUGCAUCUAUUCAUCUUGACAUUCAUCCCCAUCAGCCUCUGCUCUGCUCAUUGCUCUCGAUCAUUCGUAUUUAUGGACGCUCGGCUUUCAGAAAAGUUCGUCGUCGUGCGUAGCCAUGUCCGUAACUAUGUCCACAUGGUCUCAUCCCAUUUCUACUUUACCCUACGUCAUACACCCAUCUUUACUGCAGUAGGUUCUGUAUCCUACCACAUUUCCUGUCUCGAUGAUGUAAGCUCCAUCUCAUCAAUGCCGCUGAUGUCGAUGCUCCUUCGUCCCAACUGUCGUCUGGGAUUCUGGCAACUGUGAGACCCAAAAUCGUACUAUUAUGUCGACUAUUCCAGGGCAGCAGUUGCCGGACAACUCUCAGUCGACCUCACCGCUAUAUCGUAAAUCUGGCCGUCCAUGACCCGCGAACGACUCCCUGAUUCACUUGGACAGAAUAUGCCAUCCCGGCUGCUAUCUUCCUCUUCGCCGCCCUCGCCAUUUCGCUCUACUUCCGCUUACGUCUUUCCGCGAUCAAUCGACGAAGGAGGGAGCUGCAGGGCGACGGAGACUGGACGGACCAGGACAUCACCACGUUCUUAGUCAAGAUAAAUGGACCGGGCGCUGGGCCGCGGCCGUUACUAGUCGAUGUGCAUCUCAAGGACGAGAAGAGUCGGAGUGGGGAUUGGGACGAAAUCAUGCCUAUAUCGUUGGUGGCUCUGCCGCCUUCUCAAUGCAGUCCCGCUAAAACAACGGCAGACGAUGUCCAGAGCAGUACUUCCGACGACCAUCUAUCUCAUACCGCCUCUCGUCUGCGUAUCACUGUGCUUGUGAACAUGCCUGAGCCGCAGGUUCCAUGGGACGGGCCGGACGACGAACGACCUCUGCCAGCCGUGGAGAUUGGAAUUACAGAAUUGGACGAGUCGGACAGACGAAAUCGAUAGGACCAAAUGUAAAUUAUGUGUAUGUACCAACUUAUAUCCGUGCCCGCGAAUGGGCCCGCACUGCCGACGACUCAGCUGCCUACCCCACAUCAACAUAGCCGGUGUUCCGCUUUGGCUAUGAUUUGAUCGAGCUUUGACUUCACGUGCCAGUCGUAUCCCAAAACAUCCUCAUCCCUUUCUUCACGUCAAUGGGCGAGUUAAAGUUGCCCACACUUUACUUUGGCUAUGGAAGCAACUUAUGGAUCGAACAAAUGGACGCUCGCUGCCCGGGGAAUCGGUUUCUGGGAACCGCUCGUUUGAACGAUUGGCGCUGGGUCAUCAACACACGGGGGUAUGCCAACGUAGUUGCUGCUCCGGGGUUCCACGUCUGGGCUCUGGUGUACUCGUUGGCGCCAUCGGACGAGGCGGCCUUAGAUGGCUACGAAGGCGUCCCCCACUCAUAUGUGAAACGCACGCUCCCAGUUGAGUUCCACGGCACGCUGGACCUCUCUGCGUUGGGAUAUCCUGUGCAGCUCGGACGCUCGCACGAGAAGGAGAUCCAGCUUGUCGACGCGCUCGUGUACGUCGAUAUCGAGCGGGUCGUCGAAGGCUCCGCUCGGUCAGAGUACGUGUCUCGCAUGAACAGCGGGGUUAAGGACGCGCUUGCUCAAGGGAUACCCCAAUCUUAUAUCCAAACACACAUCAGGCCCAAGAUCCCCCCGCAGUGAACGGCCCAUGUCCUCAAGUAGCAAUCAAGGUCGUAAUCCGAGUUGAAAUACAACAAACAGAACAGCGGUCAAGUGUCCAGUGUCGAUGGAGAACGGAAAAUGUCCCAGGCAGAGUUUCUUCGCUACAAUUUCUUCAUCUUAGCCGCUGAAAUGGAUUCUCCGGGGCCGUGCUCGGGUUUUUCAUAGAUUCGAGGUCGGACCCUGAGCUUGAAGCAUAUUUCAUCACGACGCUUGACAUGUCGCUCUCACCAAAUGCUUCGCCGUAGCUAAUCGCGACGACCCACGAAUCUGUUCACGAGAUUAGAUGGUUACAUAUAACAUGACAAAGACGACAACGCACAGAACUGGAUCAAGCACGCAGCGCCCAGCAAAGCGAUUGGGAGGAUGAGCACGAGGGACAGCUGUUCUUGGUCGCAGAACUGUUUGAUGAUCGCGCUCGAUGAUCCAUUCAGACACGGGAUCGUGUUUGUAGAUCGUUCUUUGAAGGUGGUGAAAAGGGUGAGGCCCAAAGCAGCAAGGAGGAAGGGGCCAUGAAUGAAGGUCAUUUUGCUAUAAAUGUAGACCACACCCCGUCCUGCAUGCACUCCUGCAAUAAGCC